CUUUCCAAUAAAAUUCAAAUUAAGGCGGUGAUUUCACUUCCAAAAUUCCAAAUAAUUCCCGCCGCCGCCGAUUUUCACACUCCGCGCAUCCAAGCACAGUUCAUCCAGAUCUACGCCUGCUAUCACCGAACAGAAUCGCUGUACAUGCCUCGUCAAGAUAAUCUUCCAUGAAGUCAUAUGGACCACAAAAGAGAAAGAGAGUUGAUAUAAACAUAAACCAGGAUGAAUGCAUAGGCGUUAGUGUAAAGAAACCUGCCAAUGUAACUGGUCAGGAGCCUCAGAGCUCUCCAGAGUGUCUAACGAGGCCACAUUUAGAUCAUCCAAUUAAACUGCAGGUUCCAUCUAGAAAAAUUAAGCUGCAGCUCUUCCCAAUAAAUGAACAGGUUCGCUUAGGAUUAGAGAAGGAUGGACACAAUCCAUUUCUAGAGCUCACUCUAAGUGCUCGGAAAAGGAUAUCAUCAGUUGUUAGGCACCUGAAUACUAAGUGGAGCUCUUCAAGUGCAGUGACAGGUCAACUCAUGCUUUUUCCCUACAAUACAAAGUUGGAACAGUUGGAAUCAUGCAGAAGAUGGACACAGAAUGACAGUGCCGUCAGUGUAUGGGAGGUGUAUAUUGAUGUGGGCAGUCCUUCCAUUUUCCGCCUAAGGUAUGGUUGGUUGUGCAAUCAUCAGCCUGAGAUGUUUGUCAGAGUUUGCAAUUCUAGUCUUCCAGAGGCUCAUACAGGUUCUAAGGACAAAAACGGCUCACCCAGAAUUUUGGUGAUCCCAAAUCACCAAAAGGCACAAACAAAUGAAUCUUGUGAUGUCCUUAAAAUACAAGGAAAUGCUGAUAGAACUUUGCGUUCAGAUGUGAAUGAGCUGAAAGCUUCAGAUGCACAUACUGGUUUGGUGGAUGAUAAAGCGACGACUGAGACUGAUCCAGUUUGCCCGAGUGUACCUUGGGAUAACGAUAUGACCAUGUUGAGCAUUGGAGGCCUCCUAUCUGAAAUAUCAUUGCAAAGGAAAAUUAGUGGAUCAUAUCCAAGUUCUACAAGCAGAUCUAACGUGCAGCCAAUUGCACCAACAUCUGACUUGAGCAUCCUUGAUCUGCUCUCUCAAGAUUCUUUCUUGGGUAAGAUGAGAUGUCCAAGCACGCAACAGGAAAAUGUAUCAUCCUUGCAACCUCUUUUUCUUGGAUCCAGUGAUGUAAGCAUUGGAGGAUUAUUUUCUGAAGCAUCUUUACUUGCAAAAUUGAAAAAGUCAGAUUCACAAUCAGCGGAAGCAGGUCUUGCACCACUCCAAUCUCCAUGGGAUGAUAAUUUUACUACCUUAAGCAUUGGGGGCUUGUUAUCUGAGGCAUCGUUGGAGGCCAAUGCAGGUAGUAAGGUGGAAUUAAAAGAGAUCAAAUCAAGCUUUGAGCGUCUUGCACCUUCCCAAAAGCCAAAACCAUCGCAUGAGGCAAACUUAUCCAUUUUAGAUGCUGAAGAGACAUGCCAUGCUUUUCCCAUUCAGAAGUUUCAGUCAAACAGAAAUGUCACAAUUUCAAAUGGAAGAGUUGGUGCAGAUGGAUGCAGAAUUGGUACAAGGUCAAAACAAUCACAAGUUCCAAGGGCUGCUAAGACGAUCAAUGGAAUGCUUUUUCCCAAAGAUUCUUCUUGUCAAGGAUUGGACAAAGAUUGCUUGGCUCGUCCGGUAGAAACCUUUGAUGAGGAUAGUAGACUGUGGCCUUUCAGGGAUCAAUCAGCUGGAGCUGGUUGAGACAACAUUAAUCUGCGUAAAUAUGAUGUUUGAUUCUCCAAGAAAGCAAUCAAGAGGAGAAACUUGCUGUGGUCUUAAAUUGGAAUCAUCGAGGAGCUUCUAAUGCAAUGCCGGUUCUUCUCAAGUAAAUUUACAUUUGUUCAACACUCUUGAGCAAGAUGUGUUUUGGUUGAGACAGAAGAAUGGUUCAAACUCUCUCUCUAUUUAGAAAAUUGUUUACUUAAGGUACACACUGCAUAUGAUUUUCACAAUAAGAUGAGCUUCUUCCGUAUGGGAUUCAAUUUUUUGUUAUUAAACACUAACUCCAUAUUCUCUUCUGUCUUUUUUAAUACAUUUGAAACCAACAAAAUAAUGUACACAUCUUUGAUCUCUA